AUUAAAUUUCAUACACACAGGAAAGUAUUUGUUGGAGGACUGAGUUGGAGCACUAACAAUGGUUCAAUGCUAAAGUACUUCAGCAGAUAUGGGGAGGUGAUAGAUUGUGUGGUGAUGAAGAACCCAGGAACAGGCAAAUCGAGGGGUUUUGGUUUUGUAACCUUCAAAGAUCCUGCUUGUGUUGAGAUGGUUCUCUCCUCCAAGUGUCACAUACUUGAUGGCAGACAGAUUGACCCGAAAGCCUGCAAUCCAAGAAGUAUGAAUAAGGGCAGCAAAAGCCUAGAGAACAGUAAGAAGAAAAUUUUCAUCGGCGGUCUGCCCGUUAACGUCACAGAGGAACAGUUGGCCGAUCACUUCAACCAAUAUGGGCCCGUGACUGAGGUGGUGAUAAUGCUAGACCAGCAGAAGUUGAGAUCUAGAGGUUUCGGGUUUAUAACGUUUGAAUCAGAGGAAUGCGUUGAUAAGGUAGUCCAGGACCAUUUCAUACAGAUCAACGGCAAGCAGGUA